AUGAAACGUGUCACGAAAAGAGUUCUCAGGACUCAGUCUCGCACGCUUUUCGAUCUUCGAUUUGUACGCGUGAAAUCGAGCGUAGAUUCCGCGGGUUCGGGUUCCAGUGCUACUGAGAGCGAGAUCAUCGACUUGACGCAGAGCGAUGAUGAUGUGAGUGUGGCAGGGCCAGAAAUAGAGGUAAAGCUGGACUCUAGUUGUGAGGAGACAGAGGAGCCAGAACCAAAAGUUGAGCCGGAAACAAAAGUUGAGCCGGAAACAAAAGUUGAGCCAGAAACAAAAGUUGAGCCAGAAGUGCAAGCUACAACCGCCAACAAGCCAGCCCGUAAACCUAGAGUAAUGCCCUGGUUCAAAAAAUUGGCCUUUAAUGGGAUCACUGUUUCAGUAGACUGUUUCAACUGCGAUAAAGAACCGGAUAUUGACUUGUAUUUUCUAUCGCAUUUCCAUUCGGACCAUUACGGUGGGUUGAAGAAAAGCUGGUGCAACGGAUCCACCAUUUUUACUUCGAUCCAUACCGCCAAUUUGGUCAAAUGGAAGUUUAAGGUUAACCAAUGCAAAGUGGUCGGAUUACCACUACACGAAUGGACGUCUCUCUCGGAAAACUUGCGUGUUGUACUAUUGGACGCAAAUCAUUGUCCAGGUUCAGUGAUCUUUUUAUUUCACGACUCAGGAGACAACUCAUACGUUUUACACACAGGGGAUUUUAGAGCUAAUGAAAGUAUCGUUCAACAUGUCAAUGCAUUCCUACAAGGGAAUAAGUUACAGUCCAUAUAUUUGGACACAACUUACUUAAACCCCCACUUUAGGUUCCCUGAUUUGCAAAAAGUUUGCGAUGUCACUGCCGACUUCGCAUCCCUUCUAGUCAAGAAGGGCUUAAAUAAUUUCAUCAACAGAGCUAAUAAGCAACGGUCUAUAUCCCAAUACCUCAGUUUAUCCCAAGCGAAACCUAUUUUGUUUGUUGUGCUUAGCUACUCUAUCGGAAAAGAGCAUUUGGCUAUCGCCAUAGCUAAGAAGAUAAACUCUAAAUUGUAUGUGCCUCAUACGAAGUACCAGUUGGUAAAACAAUAUUUAUCCUGGUUCCCCGAAGAUUUGGUCACUACAGAUCACACAUCGGCAAAUGUGCAUUUGGUAUCAAUGCACACGGAUUUGGACAAAUACUUGUCACAACUAAGCGAUUCAGUGGACUCAAUCGUUGUAUUCAAGCCUACAGGGUGGACGUUCUCAAACCAAUAUGACAAGUCUUACAUGUUGUGGGAAGAUGCCCAGAGAGAAAAGUGUGUACGAGAAACUUUGGAAUCGGAUACUCCGUUCACUGUAGAUCACUUCAUCCGACAGAAAAAGUCUCAAGGAAAGAUAUAUCAGUUCAACGUGCCGUACUCAGAACAUUCUUCUUUCAAAGAUUUGUGCUUCUUCUCUACAAGCUUAAUGUGGGACAAAAUUAUCCCGACAGUAAACCUUUCUCGGUACCAAGAAAUGCAGCACUGGUUUAAUAUAUGGAAAUCUUACCAAAAGAAUUAG